AUGGCUAGCAAUAAAAUUGAAUAUUUACCGAUUGAAAUAAUCGGUAUCAUUCUAGAAGACAAAAGCAUCAGCAUAAUGGAUAUCAUGAGAUUUAAGUCCACGUGUAAAAGAUUACAACAGACAACACUGAGCAACUACUUUUGGAAAAAGAAGUUUUAUCAGAGAUGUCCUACUGCGAGAAAGUAUUGCACACAAAAGCCGAAGAAAACUUUUGAUUAUAUAAAUUUUGAAGAACUGAUAAAAACAGGAAUAAAGCAUGUCAAAAAGAUACAAUAUUAUGUAUCAUUGAUGUCCGAUAAUAAUUUAUCGACAACUGACAAAAAAGAAUUGGAAAGCUUUCUACUUUACAUUCCGACGAUAAAUUCGCCGCUAUUAGAACGACUAAUUACCAUUGUCGCGCAAUAUCUUCAACCACAUGUGUCUUAUUCGGUCAUAAAAAUGUGGUUAGAUAAUAUUUCACAAGAAAUAUUAGAUCGCGUUAAAAUGAAACAUCCUACGCAUCCCAUAUUCUCGACAUCUGUAGAACAAUUUCUUUUUUGGAAAAAUAAUAAUAUAAAUGAUCAUUUCUGGAAUUCAACAGAAACAAUGCAAAUUAUCCUAAGGAACAUUGUAUGUAGUAUGCGUUCUGCUGUGAUGCAUUCUGCAUGCUUUUAUGAUGAUGUGUGGAUUAAAGAUUACUACAAACACAUUACAAAUGUAAUACAGGUCAGAUCUGAUAAAACACCAAAAGAAAGGAAAGAAGGAAUGAAAUUUGCUGUGGGAAUGAUCGUAACGUUUUCCUCACCAGAUUUGCUUUGGCUUUACGAUUCACGAACUUUUGAUGGGGUGAUAAUUGGUUGGCAUGAUAAAUAUAAAAUUUUCGCUUUGAUAGACAGUAAAGAUGUGUUUCCAUUUUUAAAUGAUCAUGCUAACUCAAAUUUUGUAGAUAAAGUAUGUUGUUCGACUUACAGACAACCGCACUACAUAAUUCUCGCCGAAAAUAAUAAAAUAUGUUAUGCGCCACAAGAUAAGAUAUCGAAAUGUCCACCAAAAGAAAUCAAUAAUAUAGAAAUAGGGCGAUUCUUUUAUAGAUUUGAAGGUACUCAUUACGUACCAAAUAAAAACCUGCAACAAAGGUAUCCAUAUGAUAUGCAAUAUUAUACGGAAUGUAUCACAAAUUUCGGUGAAUGA